AUGGUUUGCCAGCCAAGAGCAAGAAAAAGGGUUCAUUCAAUUCCCCGCGGUCCAAAUGGAAGCGCCUUUCAAAAAUGUGAAAAAUGUGGGCUUUCGGUGGCAAUUGCUUUGGCAGACAUGCACAAGUGUGAAAUCAAGAAACAGUUUACAGAGAAAUUGAAGAGCCAAUUUGGGAUUCGAAAUAGUAAUAGGCUGAAGAUUCAGCACCAACCCAGAUCAGCCUUUCGUUUAUUCAUCGAAAAACUUAUGAACACCUGUAAAGAUGGAAAUGAGAUUGAAAUGGAUAGGAAAGGAUUUGAGCUAUGGAAGAAAAUGUCGAAAGAGGAGAGGAAACCAUUUGUGGUUCAGGCGGAAAAGAUUAACUCAGCUUAUGUGAAACUUUUGCUCGAGGAGGAAAAAGAGAUCAAAUGGGUGGAUGAUGAGGCAGAUUCAGCUGAUAUUGGCAAAAGAAACAAGAACUAUGACAAGUUUGAGAUGGAUUAUGAUUCUGAAAGAUCCAGUGGAUUUCAUUUCUUCUAG